AGACUUGAUCACUUGGCGAUUUUUGACAGCUGCGAUAUGUUCCUUAACACUUUCUGCUAUGGUGCGCUUUGUUUCCCUGAUAUAAGAAAUACUACAACUGCAAUCAAUUCUAUGCAUAAACGCCAGGUGACUGGAAAGGAGUAACGUACACUGUCUUUAUAGAAUAGUUUCCUUUCCAAGUACUUUUCCAACUUUAUCCGUUACUCUUUUUACAUAAGGCAGAAUAGGGUUGUUUCUAUCUACAAAUCUUAGCGCAGAAUUGUAUCCCAAUAAAUUCUUUUGAAUUAUAAGAACAUGUUAAACUACUUUUAGGGGACCUGUAAUGACCAUAUUUUCGUAAAUAUUGAAUUUAAAAUAUAUUUUUGCACACGUCACGUGACCAAACUCGAAACGACAUUGAAGAUUCUGAUGACGUCACAACUCUCGGAUUGACACUGUUGACAGUUAGGCGAUAAACAACAAAUGACAAAUGUCAGUUGACAGUUCGUAUCUUCUACGUGUGUAUGUAUGUAGUUAUGUGUCAAACUGUGAGCUGUGACGUCACACAAUUUUCAAAGAGCGUUUUGGGCGCGAAAGCAUCUGUCAAAAUAUAUUUUGUUAAUUUAACAUAUUUAAAGCCGUUUUUAGUAUAAAAAUUGAAUUUUAGGGCAACUUUUAGUUAAUAUAGAACGUGAUACAAGCGUUUCAAAAAAUUGGAAACAACCCUAUCGCCGGUUGUCUGGAGACAUCAGGACUUCCAUCUUGCUUUCCGUCUAGGUUGCCACUUAUUUAUUUUAUACCCGUUCCUUAUUAGUACCUCCUGAAUGUGCGACAUCUCAUUCAGGGUCACACUCACACAAAUCACCAUCCCCGUCACUUACGAUCGGUUGUCAGCUCGCUGGUGAACAGAGCACAUGGUUGAAAAUUUUAUCCUGUAUUUACCUACUCUCUAGAUUCGAAACUAUAUCCUAAACUACUACUAUAUUCAAAUGAAUUACCCAUGAAGGGGCAAAAAGAUAACUCGUAUUACUUAAUGUAUAGCCAAUGACGUAAUAUAAUUCGUUUUUUGAUAUUUUGUACUUAAGUAUUUUUGUCUCAUUUACUUGUUCUGCUCAAUUCACUGUGCGACGUGUUUCAUAUUUGCGGGCAAAAAGCUUUUAUUAGACAGUUUAAUGUAAUAUUUAUCAAAAUAUGACCGUGUUUGUCUGCUUUGUACUAGUUUUGUGUGUGGCAUGUGUUUUUAGCUUAAACGAAGACCAUGUGAUGCCCCGUGAAGAAAAGCUAGACUUUGAGAAGCCUCUAGCACUGAAGAGAGUUAUCAGAGCUCCGGAGAGAGGCCUAACGGCAUCAACGGGAAACGUAGAUGUACUGGUGUCAAUGGGAAAUGGAGAUAGCUCGCCAGAACCGGAACCCCUGCCACUGAACCUGAGUCCAGGUCUAGAGUACAUCUACUACGAAGCGGCAAACGGCUCCAUGAAGCUGCACCGUACCCCUGCCACCUGGAGCGACGCUCGACUGAAAUGCUUUGAUGAAGGUGCGGAACUGGCGUCCCCAGAGAACGAAGCCUUAUUGGCGACGAUGAGCAGAGUAUUGCUGACGAGCAGGCAGCCCGUACUCCAGGUCUUCACGGGCAUCAACGACUUGUAUUCCAAAGGAUUAUUUACUUCUCUGAAAGGCAUCCCGUUGAAAAAGAUGGCAGGGAAAUGGGCACCCAGGGAACCCGACAACGUGAACCACUUUGGCAACUGCCUGAUAAUGCAGCGCAGCGGACCGCUCCUGGACAGCAAGUGCGACGACAUGUAUCCUUACAUCUGCUACAAGAGACAGCCGCCCAGCCAGCUGAGUCUCUGCGGGACUACGGAUACAGAAUACGUCUACGACAAAUUCACCAAGACCUGUCACAAGAUCCACCCCCAAUUCGUAUCCUGGCAAGUGGGGUACGCCACGUGCGUCCACGAGGGCGGGCAUCUGGCGAUCGUGAACAGCGAGUACGAAGCCAAGACCCUCGGCCGGAUGAUCAAGUCUGAGUGGAUCUGGGCUCACAUCGGAUUCAGUUACUGGAGGAAAGACUUGUGGGUGACUGUUCAUGGUGAAACGCUGGCCGAAGCUGGCUUCGAAGCCUGGGCCCCCGGCGAGCCGAACGACUGGAACGAGGAGCGCUGCGGGUGCCUCGCCGCCGAUGUUAACACUUUAGUGGACAUCGACUGUCUGGACCACGCACGGCCGUUUAUUUGUGAAAUAUCUAGUUCUAUGUAACUUAUAAUAAAGAACCUUUUCGUGGA